GAGAACUGGCUGAGUGCAAGCCGAAUUUUGUGGUUUCCUUUCCUCUGCCUGGCUCUUCCCUUCCCUUCCCACCUGCACAGCUAUUUAUUCACACCUGCAGGAGCUCUUUUCCCCCUGUGCCUUCCACGAGGGGCUUGGUCAUAUGGGUCUCCCCUCGAGGAAGUUGUGCUGACAUUACCGCUUUUCGCUGCUGCUUCUUCUUUUUUUUUUAAAGGGUUAUAAAUUAGAAAACAGAAGGAGAGAAAAGGGGAGGGGAGCGACAGCAGCUCUUACACAAGCCAGGGGGUGGAGGAGAGGCUUCUUGCAGGGUUGUCUUCUACUGCGGCUCUCCGGCCCUGAGGAGACUUUGCUUUCCAGGCAAGCUGAAAGAUGAGACCUCUCCGGCUCUGCCUUCUCCUGCUCUUCGGCCUGAUCUCUUCCCAGAAGAUCCCCAGGUUGAAGCUGGUUCCAGACGAUGUCCUGCGGUUAAAUCUGGAUCAUCUGGAGGGGCCAAAAACCAUGUUCCAUGAGCCUGGCUCUGAAAAGGUCUUCGUGGGAGGCCGAGGGGUGCUGAAGAUUCUGACGUUUACGGAUUCCAAGGCCAAGACUCCUGAACAGAUCUCUCUGAGAGCCGAGGACAAGGCAACACAGGACUGCAAGAAGAAGGCUGGCCAUAUGCGGACGGACCACUGUGAUAAUUUCAUCCGGGUGAUCAGGAGGCUGGGCGGCAGCAUCACAGUCUGCGGAACCAACGCCGGUUCGCCCAAGUGCUGGUCACUGAUCAACGACACAGCCCUGAGAAAGGACGCACAGGGCAAAGCAGUCACAAUCAGUGGAGAAAACAUCUCCCCAGCAUUACCGUCUCAAGGUGUUGUGUCCAUCGCCAUAGAAGACAACCUCUAUUCUGCAUUUUCGGGGAACAAAAGCAGCAUCCAGCGGAGUUACGGAUCAAAAAAGAAGCUUAAGACAGAAGACAAGUGGCUGGCGAGAACGGAGUUCGUCAGCGCUGCCCUGCUGAAGGAGAGGGAGAGUGCCAGCGACGAAAUUUACUUCUUUUACAACGACGUCAACCAGGCACCUGGGCUGGAUGAAGAGCCAUUCAAAGCUCAGGUUGGGCGGGUGUGCAAGGCGGACGAAGGCGGGAAGCCUCUUCUGGUGGAUUCCUGGAACACCUUCCUCAAGGCCCGCCUGGUGUGUGGACACCCCAGUGAGCCUCCGCGUUUCCAUCACCUCCAGGAUGCCUUUGUCCUCCAAGAGGGCCGUAAGAGAGAUGAGGCGGUGCUGUAUGGGGUCUUCUCCAGCACAUGGGGCACAUCAGCCGUUUGUGUGUAUUCUAUGAACAGAAUCAGCAACCUUUUCAAGACUUCAAACUUCAAAGGCUACAGCGGCACGAUACCCCAGCACAGGCCUGGCACGUGUGGUGUGACAAAUCCCACCAUCACUCAAAGAUCCAUGCCUCAGCUCCUGACUUUGAUUAAAGACCAUCCAGAAAUAGACAGAGUGAUCUACCCAGAAGGGGAACAUCCCCUCUACGUCCUCCAGAAUAACGACACCUAUACUCAAGUGGUGGUGGAUCGGAUUCAAGACGCCCACAACAAGUCGCGUGAAGUGCUUUUCCUCGGAACAGCUAAAGGGAAAAUCCACAAGGUGCUCAGAAGCAGAGAGAAGACAGUAAUCAUUGCUGAACUCAGUCCCUUCAAUAAAGAGGCGCCCGUCUCCUCUAUGAUCCUAGACACCACCACGGGUCACCUGUAUGUCAGCACAGAGUUCGAGGUGGCACGCCUGCCGCUGGUGGAUUGUGACGAGUACAAAGAGAACUGCUGGAAGUGUGUCCUCGCCCGCGACCCGUAUUGUGGUUGGGAUCCUGAUGGCAAGAUGUGUUCCCCUGUCUCCCAGAACUACAGUGGCAGCAACCUGCUUCAAAGCCUAGAUUCACAAACGACAGAUGUUUGCAAAGGGGCUGAAGCCAAAUUAGCUCAGGAAACACUCAAGAAAGUGAGUGUGGAUUCUAAAGCCUUUAUCUACCUGCCAUGCCCCUUACGUUCCCACCACGCCAUCUAUACCUGGGUCAAAGACGAGAAGACGUACCCAUGCGCCAUGGACGGGCAAUCCUGCACUCUUCGCUUUGAGGAAAAAACCACCCCCAUGGUUCCGGGGGUCUUCCGGUGCACUGCCACGGAAGAAGGCUACAAGGAAGAAAUCACCGCCUUUAAGGUCACGCUCAACAGCGGGAGGAUCCCAGAGGUUUCCUUGCUGGUGGUGGCCAUGGGCGUCUUGUUCCUUUCCGUAACGAUUCUCCUGCUAUAGACAGGACUGGUGGCUUGGAGCAGAUCUUGUCACACUGCCAACUGUCUGUCUGUCUUAAAGAAUUGCUUUCUUAUCAUCCUGGUCACUCUGGGCCAUUCCUCCCAUCCUCAUUUCAACAAACUGCGCUCAGUCCAACAAAAGGGAUUCUUCAUAGCUUUCCAAACAGCAAAGUCAAUUCAUCACCCUUCUUCCUCACAUUCCAUCCUAAACUUUCUUCUGCACUUCCAGUCAUGACCUUUGGCUAGGGAGAGUCAAUGGAAUUUUGGCAGGAUCCAGGAAGGGGAAACAAUCCUCUUGUAGGGUGAUUGAAGACCCCCUACUUCAGGUGAGCCUAAUUGGGUCACCAAAGCAUUUUAUUUGACCCCUACCAUACCUUUCACCAAGGUUUGACAAAGGUUUGCACACAGUUCUGAAAAGCAACAUAGUUUUCAAGCUGGCAGAGAAACCUGUAUGUUCAAUUCUCUUUGCGAUUACGUGUGGAUAAUCCCAAAGAGACUAUCCAUUGCCUGAAUGAAAAGGCAGCUUCAGGCCUUGUCCAAAUGCAUGUGCUGCGAAACUGGGAAAACCUUUCCCACUAAGAUUGAUUAUAAAGCCUGCCUAACUGUGGAGGGGGUGGGUGAUAUGGCAAAGGAGCUUCUGGGUGGCCCUUGAGAACAGGUAAGUUGGCCAUCCUUGCCUUAUUUUCUAAAGCUUGCAGCCAAAAUAGCGACCAACAUCUGCCAGAAUUCAACUGCCUGUGGGUUAAUUCACCCAGAAGCAAAUUUGUUUAAAAAGCACGGAAUCGACUCUUUGCCACCAGACCCUAGUGCCAACCAUUCCAACCGUAUCAUUCCAACCAUCGAAGUAUUUUGGUGUCAACCUGUAUAGCCUUCAAUGCUACACAAGCAUGCGGUCAAGAUGUGUACCUAAGAACAACCAACACCCUUGGAAAGGUGGGACGCCAUUGCUCAGUGGUAAACAGUUGCCUUGCAUGCAAAUGAUCCUUGAUUCAAUUCCCUAUAUCUCCCCUUCCAAGGAUAAUCUCAAGUAGGGAGAAUGAAAAGGACAACCCUGAGAAGCAUCUUGGCUGGCCAAGAGGAAGCAGCUGGUCAUGAAGGGAUGUGAGCCAACAAAGUGACUAGGUGUCAAGGAGAACAGACCGAUCUAUAAUUUGUAACAGACGAAUGCAAAUCGGCAGUAUGGCCAUUAGCACAAGAAGGCCAAAGCCUGCAUUACAGAUUAUAUGAAACAGGAUUGCUACGACUUCCAAGACCUGAAAGUUGUGAGAAGAAGCCGAGAAGAUUCUGGGACUUCCGCACUACCAGUUAUGACAGGUUGGCAAGCAGGCAGAGAGAAGAUGCUGCCCAGGUACGUGCAGGCAGAAUACAGGAGGAAAAACUAGUGAGGAAUGGCAGCAGUGGAUAGACACUGGGAUCCGAGGGAGACCAUCCAAGGGACAAGCUUCCAGGGCAGGGCUGGACGUCCUUCCUUGAAUUUGGUCCAAAAGCGAUGGAGGCCUCUUGCGAUCAAUGGCAAAUGCCCUCAUAUGUCCAGUAAUAACCCUGUAGGCCCCGAUGAUUCCCAUAGAUUAGAAACAGAUCAUGCCAACCGAUUAGAAAAACACAAUCCUGAUUCAGUUUCUGUUUUGUUUUGCGUGGUAUAUGAUUGCAAACCAGUUACCACAAAAGCUAGGGGAGCAAGGGCCUUCAUUUUUGUUUAUUUAUUGAAUAAAUCUGUAUACUGCCCACUACCGAAGUCUCUAGGCGGUUUACAGCAUAACAAACCAAGAAUUUAACACUUAAAACAUAUAAAAAUCAGAUUAAAAUAUCCAUAAAAACACACCAACUAAUUAAAAAGCUUGGCUGAAGAGAUGCGUUUUUAAAGGUAAAGUGUGCUGUCAAGUCGGUGUCGACUCCUGGCGCCCACAGAGCCCUGUGGUUUUCUUUUGGUAGAAUACAGGAGGGGUUGACCAUGGCCUCCUCCAGCACAGUGUGAGAUGAUGGCAAAAUAGUACCAGCAGGGAUUCAAACCGGCAACCUUCUGCUUGUUAGUCAAGCAUUUCCCCCCAGUGCCAUUUUAGUUGUUUCCUAAAAGCCAACAGGAAUGGAGCAGCUCUAAUCUCAGCAGGAAGUACAUUCCACAGUGCUGGGGCAACUAUAAGGAAGGCACGCCUCUGAGUUGCCACCAGAUGAGCUGGCGGCACCCUCGGACAAACCUCCACCUAUGUUUCUUCCAGAGCCUAGAAAGUCCAAGAAAUGUCACCAAGGGCUGGACUCGAAGAUACGCCCCUACAUCCCAGAUAAUUCUCACCUUAGGCAGCUUCCAACUGGAAGUGUGUCCAGGAAAGGAGAGACCAAAGGAACCGGAGGCAAGAAGCAGAGACAAUGGAUUGUACCUCACAGGUCAGAUCUGUCAGGCUUGAACCAUGUUGUGCUUAACAGUGUCCAAAGUCCAUCCCCGGCUGUGUGUCAGUCACAUGCCUUCCCUCUUGGCACGACUGCCUCCAUUUUGAAUUAACUCCUGCUGAGUGUUUAAGGGGAUGGGGUGUUUACUAAUGAAUGCUGCUACAAGAACUCCACUUGGGACAUAUCUACUACUAAGUUGCAUCCGUUUUUAUUCCAGUGUGUCCAUCAUGGCUUCUCCCCGGCACAGAAUCUGGAAAUUCCAUUUGGUGAGGGUGCUGGAGAUGAGAUCUCUAGUCCGUUGCACAAAGCUACAUUUCCCGUACUCCACUGGGGAGAAGUUAAUGUCUAUUAAAUCAGUUUAAGUCUUGGAUAUGCCCUUAUCUCCCGCUCCUGAUGGAAUCUUCCUUCUGCCUCUUGAACUGCAGAUUCCCUCCAUGUAGAAAGCAGGUGGUUACGGCCACAUCAUACAAACAAUUUCUUGUGUCUUCUGAGCUUUGUGUAGCUUAUGCUUCCAUGCUGCCCAACCUAUCUCAAAACUGCCUCUUUCAGAUAUUUCACGUACAAAAAAGGCACCUCUCUUAUUAUUAUUACUUAAGGAAUAUUUUUUUUAGAAUAUUUGUACAAAAGCUAUUUGCAAAAAAGCGUGUUUUGUAAAGAAGUGACAGAGAGAAUAAUACAUUCCCGAAGAAAACGGUAGAUUUAACUUUGAGUAAAUGUAACUAAGGGACCACAUGGAGCAUGAAGGCUGCAGUCCUACGCACACUUACUUGAGAGUAGAAACUCAGAGUUGAAGCUCAUGGUGGCUAUGAGGCUUAAGUUUAGAACAAUUGCUUAUUAUAUCUUCAACUUGCUUGUUCUGGUGCUUGCUCAGGUGGGGGGGUCUGAUAUCCCAAACCCCUUUUUUUGGAGUGGAACAAAGUAGGAGUGUCCUGCUUAUACAAGUCAAAAGAAUGACACCCUUUCUUUGGCAUGCUAUUUAAUUAUGGAACGUGUCUUUUCUAUUAUGAUAAUAUGUGCGUGUAUAUAUUAUCUAUCUCUCUCUCUCUUUGGGAUGCUUUAAUGACAUUAUCAUCAGGUGCAUGGGUUACUUGAUAUUAUAAGCAAAAUACUCCAUAAUCUGGGCCUUAUCUCAGAUACUGAAAUACUUAUACUGUAAGGUGUAUGGAUUUUUCUGGGCAUGGGCACUUCAGGGUGUAUGCAGAGCUCCUUCAUGGCCUCCUAUUCAUUUUAGUGCUCAGGGAGCUUCAUACAUGCAAAGGGAUACGUACAUGGAGUUUCCCCUUUUGUUUAAGCGAACAGGAAAGCCUGCCAUGUGCUUUAUAUGUUCAUCAUAUAACGCACAGGGCUUCAGAGCAAGGUCAUAAAAUAAACUUUGCCAGUUUUCUGUACAAUCAGAAUGUCCCCUUAUUUCGGAAGAAAGCAAAGCAAGUGCGAUAGUGCUGUUCAAUUAAGCCUAGCACACUUCAGAGUGAAUUCCCAGAAACUACCAGAGGGCUCCAGAGGAGCUAACAUAAACUUUUCUUUCUGGGAACGAAGAAGCCAUGGAGGUUGUUUCACCUUUCCUUUCCGAUAACACAUUCCCUCCCCUGUUGGGCUUCUGCUUUGCUGUGUAUUGAAACUGCUGAUCUGUAAUGACCUCUUGGUCCCUCUCUGCCUGCUUCUGAGGAGCAGAAAAGCAUAACAAUGUGCUGGGAGGAAAGGAAUAAAAGUGAUUGAUCACUGAAUAAA